ACCGUACCUUAUUCUUUCGGCUUCACAAAACCAUGCGCGCUUGCGCAGGUGUCAGUCAGACAAGAUGGCGACAAGCAAUGGUGGUGGAAUGGAAGUGGACGGGGCAGCAAGCCCCAGCGUCAUGGCCUCCGGAGUGACCGGGAGUGUGUCUGUUGCCCUGCACCCGCUGGUCAUCCUCAACAUCUCUGAUCAUUGGAUACGCAUUCGCUCCCAGGAGGGACGCCCAAUGCAGGUGAUCGGUGCCCUAAUUGGAAAGCAAGAGGGUAGAAACAUUGAGGUGAUGAACUCCUUUGAGCUUCUGUCCCAUACGGUGGAUGACAGAGUACACAUUGACAAAGAGUACUACUAUACAAAAGAAGAACAAUUUAAACAAGUUUUUAAGGAGAUGGAGUUCUUGGGCUGGUACACAACAGGCGGGCCCCCUGACCAAUCAGACAUCCACAUUCAUAAGCAGGUGUGCGAGAUCAUUGAGAGUCCCCUCUUCCUCAAACUUAACCCCAUGACAAAGCAUACUGAUCUCCCUGUCAGUGUGUACGAAUCUGUCAUUGAUAUCAUCAAUGGAGAGGCCACCAUGCUGUUUGCGGAGCUCGGCUACACUCUGGCCACAGAGGAGGCAGAGCGGAUAGGAGUGGACCACGUGGCACGCAUGACUGCUACCGGAACGGGGGAGAACUCCACAGUGGCAGAGCACCUCAUUGCCCAACACAGUGCAAUCAAAAUGCUCCACAGCCGGGUGAAGGUGAUCCUAGAGUACGUCAAAGCAGUGGAAGCAGGUGAGGUGCCCUUUAACCAUGAAAUUCUGCGUGAGGCCAAUGCUCUGUGCCACCGACUGCCUGUGCUCAGCACACUCAAGUUCAAGACUGACUUCUAUGAUCAAUGCAAUGAUGUAGGUCUGAUGGCCUACCUGGGCACCAUCACAAAGACCUGCAACAGCAUGAACCAGUUCAUCAAUAAAUUCAACGUCCUCUAUGACCGCCAAGGCAUCGGUCGAAGAAUGAGGGGCCUGUUCUUUUGAAGGAGGAACAAAAAAACUAUUACAUACCCCAAGGAUGGGAGGCCUUUGACUAUAGGAGAGAGAGGAUUCAGAAGAGGCAGCAUGCACUGCGGAUCCUCAUUUGCUCGCUGGUGUUCCUUCACUAACAGUUAUUUAACAAAAAACAAAAAAUCCGUGAUUUAGUUGUCACAGUUAUGGGGUGAUGUAAAGCAGCCAAGCACAGCUAAAGACUGGAUGAGUAGCUGUACCAAAUACAACAUAGGCAGGUCAAUUGUAAACGUAAUUGCACACAGACACACUCAUCUUUUUUAUGUGUUCGAGUGUGCAUAAUGUUGGCAUCUGGUACACUUGAACUUACACAAACUUCCAUUGUAUCCUUUUGCUUCUUUCUUUUGUUGUUGCUGAAAUUAUUCUGUUUGUUCUUGAGAGAAAAAUAAACGUCUACUGAUUUUG